AACAGUUGCUGUCACAUGCGACUUCACUUCACGGCGGUGAGAUUAGCGCUGCCCCCGCCCCUUGCCCCUCCCAACACACGCACUGUAUAUACACGAGCGCAGUCGCACUCGCGACCCUCCGCGCGUGGAAUUCAUCUCCCGCCUCGCAGCUCGAUUCGAGCAGAGGCGCAUCAUCCUCUUCCAGGGAUGGGGAGAAAGAAGCAAGCUCAGCCGCGGAGGUCGGGUGGGAUAAUAAUUGCGAGUAAUGGCCAAGACAACACUAAAUCAGAUUUGGCUGACGAAAAUGUGGUAGCAAAUGAGAAGGCACAGAAGGGCGGAUUGGAUAUAAGUGACCCACCAGUUUUUGUAGAUGUUGAACGCACUUGUUGGGCAUUGGAUGAGCAUUUUGAUAUAUCUGAACUUGUAUUGACCGACUUGAAUAUAGGAGGGGGAUUUUCAGGUUUUAGAGUAGAAAAUGGAUUUUAUCAGAGUUCGGAUUACUCCUUUAGGUUCAGGGUGUGCAACGUGAAUGAGUUUGUGGCUCGAAUUAAACUGGGUCAUUGGCCUGUAUUAUCCUCUAAAGAUGUCCAUUUGGAGUUGGUCGAGAAGUACUCGGCUGAGAACAGGGAGAAUCAAAUGGUGGUUUUGUCGGGUUCUUUUGAUGGACCAAAUGAGGGAGUUUCUGGUCUUGCUCACUUGGCUAGUCUGAAGUUUAUGUCAGUUAGGCCACUUGAGGAGAUUGCUUUUUCAGAGGACAUGACGACUUUAAGGGUGAGGGUGGAAAUUCUCAAGAGCGCCUUUGAUGCUUGUGAGUCACUUCAUGAUAAUACGAGGCAAUUGUGGAAAAAGAGCAUGAUCAAUGUCAUGGCUUGGUUGAGACCAGAGGUUAUGACUUCAGAGGCCAGGUAUGGAAUUUGUCAAUCUCGAGCAGUAGGAAAUGAUUUGCAUCCAGAUGAAAGGGAUAGCGCCACAGUAAACCGGAAAGGCGUAAAGUUUGACGUCAGUGGAUUUUAUGAGGCCAUCAAGCCGUCAAAAGCGGAUCCAAUGCUCGAUGAUAACAUUCCCAACUUACUUCCUAAGCUUAGGCCAUAUCAACGUCGCGCUGCAUACUGGAUGGUGCAGAGAGAGAAAGGAGCUUUAGGAAGUUUUGGCACGAAGGGAACAAGUCAGUUAGUUUCUCCUCUAUGCAUGACUGUGGGUUUUGUUGACUCCGGUUUACAAAUGUUCUACAAUCCAUUCAGUGGUAAUGUGGCAAUGCGCCCAGAAGUUCUCUCUGAACGUGUAUCUGGUGGUAUCCUUGCUGAUGAGAUGGGUUUAGGAAAGACUGUUGAGCUGCUAGCUUGCAUCCUUUCCCACCGUUGGUCAGCAUCUGAGAGUGGAGCAUGCAUCGAUGAGGAAUCACAAUUGAGAGGAAAGAGUCGAAUUCAUACUAAAAGAUUGAAAAGGGAACGGGUUGAGUGCAUUUGCGGAGCUGUGACCGAAAGUUUCUGGUACACAGGACUGUGGGUUCAAUGUGACGUUUGUGAUGCAUGGCAACAUUCCGAUUGUGUUGGUUAUUCAGCUAGAGGGAAAAAGGUGAAGGAUGGUAGUGGACAACCGGGAAGAGAGAAGAACAUCGAGAAGUUCAGAAGAAAGAAAAAUGUUCCCACUAUUGUAGAGAGGGAGGGAAAAUAUGUCUGUCAAUUGUGCUUGGAAUUGAUGACUGUUACUGAGUCUCCUGUUCCAAGUGGGGCAACUCUAAUUGUGUGUCCGGCUCCUAUAUUGCACCAAUGGCAAACUGAAAUUAUCAGGCACACAAAUACUGAUUCUGUGAAAAUGCUGGUUUAUGAAGGAGUGAGAAACACAUCCUUUUCUGAAGAACCAGCAGUUGAAGUCCAUGAACUUGUUUCCUAUGACAUUGUACUGACAACAUAUGAAGUGCUGAAAGAGGACCUAUCACAUGACUCUGAUAGGCACGAAGGGGAUCGCCGCUUCAUGAGAUACCAGAAGAGGUACCCUGUUAUUCCGACUCCACUCACUAGAAUCUUCUGGUGGAGGUUAUGUUUGGACGAGGCUCAAAUGGUGGAGAGUAAUACUGCUGCUGCAACAGAAAUGGCAUUACGAUUACAUUCUAAACAUCGUUGGUGUAUUACUGGCACUCCCAUUCAGCGUAGACUGGAUGAUUUAUAUGGGCUCUUGAAGUUCCUUAAACUAAGUCCUUUUGAUGUCCCUAGAUGGUGGAAUGAAGUUAUACGAGAUCCAUACGAGAGGAGAGAUGCGGGAGCUAUGGAAUUUACCCACAGUUUGUUCAAGCAAAUUAUGUGGCGUUCUUCAAAAAGACACGUUGCUGAUGAAUUACAUCUUCCUCCUCAGGAAGAGUGUCUUUCAUGGCUUUCUUUCUCAGCUAUAGAGGAACACUUCUAUCAGAGGCAGCAUGAAACUUGUGUGGAUUAUGCUCGCGAACUUAUUGAGAGUUUAAAGGCAGAUAUUCUCAAAAGAGAAGCUCCAGGUAGUGCAUCUUCUGCACCAUCUGAUUGUUUAAUCACUCAUGUGGAGGCUGCGAAGCUGCUGAACUCACUCCUGAAGCUUCGCCAAGCAUGCUGUCAUCCUCAAGUAGGAAGUUAUGGACUUCGCUCUCUACAACAGUCACCCAUGAGCAUGGAAGAGGUCUUAACGGUUCUCAUUGGUAAGACAAAGAUAGAGGGAGAGGAAGCCCUAAGGCGGUCAGUUGUUGCUUUGAAUGGGCUUGCUGGUAUAGCCAUCAUAGAGGACAAUUCUGCUCAUGCUGUGUCCUUGUACAAAGAGGCCUUGGAUUUAGCUAUGGAGCACUCGGAAGAUUUCAGCUUGGAUCCUUUAUUGAACAUUCAUAUUCAUCACAAUCUUUCUGAAAUACUUUUCAAGGCUUCGAAUGGCUCACUGCAAAUUCAGUUAAAUGAUGGACAAACUUUCGGAAGCCCAAGGAAUAAGGCCUCAAAGAGACCUUAUUUUGGAGAAUGCGAUAACGAACAUACCACAAAGAGGCAAAAAUUGAAUGGAAUCGAAGAUGAUGGUUCUGUUUCAAAUACUCCAAAGGCACCUACUUCCAUUUCCGAAAUGUCAGUGGAUGCCUUACAUGAAACAAAUGAGUGCAAUGCGAAGCCCUCUUUUGCAUCUAAUUCUUUUAGUUAUGAUUGUCUAAAAACAGUUUGUGAGAGCUUCAAGCAAAAAUUCCUGUCUAUUUUCAAUUCAAAGUUGAUCGUUGCUCAACUCGACUUCAAAAAAUCAUAUGAGCAGGUCUGCGAUGCAUUUAGUGAAAUGAAAAAUCAAGGUUCAGUUUGGUGGUUGGAUGUUCUUCAUCAUAUCGAACAGAGUAGGGAUUCCACGAAUGAGUUAAUAAGAAAGAUUGGUGAAGCUGUCCUGGGAUCUACUAACAAUUCGAGGUCAUCUAAGAUUGGCUCUAGCUUUCGAAGCAUCCACGGUCUAAAGUACUAUAUCCAGACUGGUCUUGAUUCCCUGGAAGUGUCUAGAAGAGCUGUACUUGAUAGACUAUUAGAGAUUGAUGAGACAAUGGAAAAACCGAGGGAUGAGGACAUAGAGAGAGUAGGACAUUGCCAAAACUGCCAGCCUAAUGGUAAUGGUCCUGUAUGCAUUCUCUGUGAACUAGACGAACUAUUCCAGAUAUAUGAGGCUCGCCUCUUUCGCCUUAGCAAUGCACAUGGAGGGAUAAUUAUGUCUGCUGAGGAGGCAUUAGAUCUGCAGAAGAAGAAAUCUGCACUUAACCAGUUCUAUAGGACUUUGUCACAAGCAAAUAAGAAUUCGUCAUCUACGUCAAGGGAUGAGGAAAUCACUGGCAAGAGAGAUACUGGCGAGAAAGUAGUGGUUUCUAAGUCUCCCUCUGAGUUGGAGGUUGUGCUUGGAGUUAUACGGAGCUACAGCAAAGUGCAUUUGGGGAAAGAGGGUAAAUCAGCAGCCACCAAGCAAUUACGUCUUCUAGAGGACAUGAGGAAGGAGUAUGCCUCCGCAAGGUCUUUGUGCAUUGCUCAAGCUCAAGUUUUGCGAGCUCAUGAUGAAAUCAAGAUGUCAACUACAAGAUUGCGCCUCAGAGAAGAUGAGAAUGAUAAAUCUCUUGAUGCUCUAAGUGUGGAAGAAUUACCUGCGAAUAGUGUCCAUUACUCGAAUGAGAAAUUCAUAUCUUUGGCUUUGUUAUUACGUAUAAAAGGGAAACUUCGUUAUUUGAAGGGUCUGGUGCAAGCAAAGCAAAAGGCUUCCAUGGAGAACACAGAUAGUUCCUUCUUAACUCAAGAAACAGCUACCUGUCAGGUUUCUCCUAUGGAACAGAAAAAUGAGCACUCAGUGAAUGCUUGUCAGGAAGCCUGCCCAAUUUGCCAUGAAAAAAUAAGCAUUCAAAAGAUGGUUUUUCAAUGUGGACAUGUCACUUGCUGUAAAUGCUUAUUUGAAUUGACUGAACACAAACAAGCUCAGGCUGGAGAGUCCCAGAGACGAUGGGUGAUGUGCCCCACUUGUCGACAACAUACGGAGUUCGCAAAUAUUGCUUAUGCUGACGAUGGACAAAACAAAUUGUCUACUUCUCCUGGGCUGCAUGAAUCUCAAGAUAGCAGAAACGAAGCUUCUAUCACUGUCCAUGGGUCAUAUGGAACAAAGAUUGAAGCUGUCACGAGGAGAAUCUUGUGGAUCAAGUCUACUGAGACAAACGCAAAAGUUCUUGUUUUCUCUAGCUGGAAGGAUGUUCUUGAUGUGCUGGAACACGCCUUCAAAGCUAACGGUAUCUCUUAUGCACGGAUGAAAGGAGGGAGGAAAGCGCACACUGCAGUCGGCCAUUUCAGAGGACAAAACGCUAGUGUAAAAGUAAAUAAAGGGGAGCAUUGCCAAGAUAUUCAGGUGUUGCUGCUCUUAGUCCAGCAUGGGGCCAAUGGGCUCAAUCUCUUAGAAGCAAGGCACGUGAUAUUGGUGGAACCACUGCUUAACCCUGCUGCAGAGGCACAGGCAAUCAGCCGAGUACAUCGGAUUGGGCAAGAAAAUAAGACGCUAGUUCACCGUUUCAUAGUGAAAGAUAGUGUUGAAGAGAGCAUCUAUAAGCUGAACAAAAGCAGGAACAGCAGUUCAUUCAUCAGCGGGAAUACCAAAAACCAGGACCAGCCUGUAUUGACACUUAAAGACGUGGAAUCCCUGUUUGCGGCAUCACCUGCCAACCCACCGCAGACUGAUGAGAGGCCUAUGGAAAGCCUAAUGCAUUUGCCGCCUUCCAUGGCCGCUGCUGUAGCAGCUGAGAGAAGACUCCAGGAACAGACAGCUUCACAUAUUUCGUGAAGACAGAUCUUCCAAUAACGACAUUGACCAUCACAAUGCACGCUCCAGAAAAUUCACAGGUUCGUCACUGUUGGCAGUUAAAAAGUUGUCCGACAACCCGCUUCCCUUCUGUAGGAAGUGUUUUACCAGUCGCUCUCCAUUCCGUAAAUCAUACUCACCUUGUACAUACCAUAAUUUGUUAGCUUUAGAUGCCUUUUCAGUGUCCGGCGAUCCGUGUAAUCUAGUUAGGAAAUUCAUUUGCUAUCAGUGGACAACCUUGUCUUAACUCAUUCUUUCUGCGGUCUUGCUCGUGCAAGAAUUUCUGGGUCCUACUCAUAAUUGGUCGAA